AUGGGAUCAUCCGCUCUUAUUCAGAAGGCGCUGAAAAUUCGCGACGACAGCAUCGACAGUGUGCUUCCUGACGUGACUCUACCGGAUCCUCUACCCCAAAAUGUUCAAGGAAUUCCUGACACUAUCCUGAACCCAGAAGAGCUUCAAAUCACCGGAUACGACACUCUACAGCUUGUGCAAAAGUUGGCGAGCAGAGAGUUGUCAUGCGAGUCAGUUACCAAAGCCUUCUUGAAGCGCGCUGCGCUAGCCCAAAAGACUGUGAACUGCAUCACAGAGCUGCUGCCUGAACAUGCUAUCAACCGCGCAAAAUACCUCGACUCCUUGCCGCACCCAACUGGACCGCUCCAUGGGCUUCCCAUAUCGAUCAAGGAGCAGUUUGGUUUCGAGGGUAAAAUCAACAACAAUGCGUUCGUCGUUAACUGCGACCGUCAACAGAUCCCUGCGUGUACACUUAAUACAGUUUUGGAGGAGCAGUGCGGUGCUGUCAUCUUUGCUCGUACUUGUCAGCCGCAGUCUGUGAUGCAUCUCGAGACCAACAACAACAUCUAUGGAAGAACAGUCAAUCCUUUCAAUCGGAAUUUGACAGCUGGCGGCUCAUCUGGAGGAGAAGGCGCCCUCGUAGGCUUUCAUGGUAGUCCUCUUGGAGUUGGUGGCGAUAUUGGUGGCUCGAUCCGUGUCCCGGCAGCAAAUUGCGGUAUAUACGGUUUCAAGCCCACUCCUUUCCGUGUUGGAAAUCCUGGAGGAAUGGGACUCAUCGUCGGUCAAGAAGGCAUAAUUGGAUGCAUCGGUCCACUCGCACCGAGUCUCUCUGGUAUUGAGCUCUUCAUGAAAGCAUACUUGGGGACUGAGCCCUGGAUCAAGGAGUCAUAUCUUACUCCUUUGCCCUGGAGACAGAUCCAGCUCCCCAAAAAGCUGAAGAUUGGUGUUAUGUGGUCUGAUGGCAUUGUUAAGCCUCAUCCUCCCAUCACACGUGCUCUUUCUUUAUUAGUGAACUCGUUGAAAUCAAACCCUGCAUUUGAAAUCGUGGAUUGGAAGCCGAUCGAUCACGAUAAGUGUUGGGACAUUACUUGUGCGCUUUACUGGGAGGACGGAGGCCGCCGUCUUCAAGAAGUCCUCCGUUGUGGAAAUGAAGAGCCGUUGGAGCUCACCAAGUGGCUGUUGGAGCAACCUACCAUGAAGCGUCGAACUUUGGAAGAGGUUUGGGCACUCAAAGCGGCUCGAAAUUCGUACAGGGCCAUGUACAACCAACAUUGGCUUAACACUGGCAAGGAAGACAACCAUCCUGUUGACGCCAUCCUUUCUCCCAUUGGCCCCGGAUGCGCCCCGCCGCAUGAUCAGUCCAAGUACUGGAACUACACUUCUCAGUGGAACCUGCUCGAGUACCCGUCGAUCUCGUUCCCAGUCACCAAGGUGGACCCGUCCCUGGAUGUUCGUGAUGACAGCUACAGACCAAUAAGCAAAGCUGAUGAGUUCAACUACGAAUUGUACCCCGGGCCAGAAGCAUAUGAAGAUGCUCCGGUCUCGCUACAGCUGAUUACUCGCCGAUACGAGGAUGAGAAGUGCAUAGAGAUCUUGAAGAAAAUCGAGGCUGCAACAUAUGAUUUGAGAAAUUAA